GGGGAGGGGGCCGGGGGCGAGGGAAGGAGUUCCAGCUGAGAGCGGGCCGGCCUGUUUCUCCUCUGAAGUUGGCUCCCGCCUCAGCAGCCGCAUUGGAUCCCACAGCCUACUGCGAGACUCCGGUGUACAAUCCGGAUCUCUGCCCCAACAUGAUCGCGGCCCAGGCCAAGCUGGUCUACCACCUGAACAAGUACUACAACGAGAAGUGCCAGGCCCGCAAGGCGGCCAUCGCCAAAACCAUCCGGGAGGUCUGCAAGGUGGUCUCGGACGUCCUGAAGGAGGUGGAGGUGCAGGAGCCCCGCUUCAUCAGCUCGCUCAACGAGAUGGACAACCGCUACGAGGGGCUGGAGGUGGUCUCCCCCACGGAGUUCGAGGUGGUCCUCUACCUCAACCAGAUGGGGGUGUUCAACUUCGUGGACGACGGGUCCCUGCCGGGCUGCGCCGUCCUCAAGCUCAGCGACGGGCGCAAGAGGAGCAUGUCGCUGUGGGUGGAGUUCAUCACGGCGUCCGGUUACCUCUCGGCUCGCAAAAUCCGGUCCCGGUUCCAGACGCUGGUGGCCCAGGCGGUGGACAAGUGCAGCUACCGGGACGUGGUCAAGAUGGUGGCGGACACCAGCGAGGUCCGGCUGAGGAUCCGGGACCGCUACGUGGUGCAGAUCACCCCGGCCUUCAAGUGCACCGGCAUCUGGCCGCGGAGCGCGGCCCACUGGCCCCUGCCCCACAUCCCCUGGCCGGGCCCCAACCGGGUGGCCGAGGUCAAGGCCGAGGGUUUCAACCUCCUGUCCAAGGAGUGCCACUCGCUGGCCGGCAAGCAGAGCUCGGCCGAGAGCGACGCCUGGGUGCUGCAGUUCGCCGAGGCGGAGAACCGGCUGCAGAUGGGCGGCUGCAGGAAGAAAUGCCUCUCCAUCCUCAAAACGCUGCGGGACCGGCACCUCGAGCUGCCCGGCCAGCCCUUGAACAAUUACCACAUGAAGACGCUCGUUUCCUACGAGUGUGAAAAGCAUCCCCGCGAGUCGGACUGGGACGAGUCCUGCCUGGGCGACCGGCUCAACGGCAUCUUGCUGCAGCUCAUCUCCUGCCUCCAGUGCCGGCGGUGCCCGCACUACUUCCUCCCCAACUUAGACCUGUUCCAGGGCAAACCUCACUCGGCCCUGGAGAACGCCGCCAAACAGACGUGGCGGCUGGCCAGGGAGAUACUCACCAACCCCAAAAGUUUGGAGAAACUUUAAAAUAAUAACGAUAACGAAAAAAAAAAAAGGGCCUGCCGCCACCUGGGCCCGGGCCCCCCUCCUCUCGGCGGACCCGGCCCGGGCGGGGGACGAGGGGGGAAAAUUUCCCGGGCCCAUCGGGGUUAGAAAUCUCCGCCCGACCAGGCUAACGUCCCUUUCUUCAACGACGACCAAAACGGGGGGAGGGGGGGGCGGAAAAAAGGAAUAUAUCGCUUAGGCACCGUUUCUCCCUUCCCUCGCCAAUUUAUGGGGAAAGAAAAAAACCCCCAACAAAACCACCACCCGAACCGAGGCUUCGUCCUCCCUUCGCGGCCUUCUGCAAGCUCCUCGCCACCUCACCCCAACGCGUCGAAAACAAACAACCCCCGGGAGGGGCGACUACUACGGCCCCCGAAAGCGACCGUCCCGCCCAGCCUGUCCAUGGAUUAUAACAACCCCGGGGGUUUCUAGGUCAGUCCAGCUGUGAGUAGAAAGCUCUUCGGACAGGCCUCUCGAACAAAAUUCUAAUGUACGUUCUGUAGCAGAUAUUGUGCUCUCACAUUGUCUUUGAAAGUGUGGAUGUUGGUGUCUUUGUGAUUUGGUGAACAGAAGUUAAAUGGCCAUUUUGGAGACUUCGGGACAUUUUCUGCUCAAGAAGAUACCAUUUUCAAGGUAGAUUUUUUCUCAUGGUACUUUUGUUAACUGUCUUGGCAAGUGUCUCAACUUCAAAGUUUACAUUUUGUUCCAAAUAUAUUGCUUGUUCUAUUUCUAACAUUCCACAGAUAUACUUGAAAUGUUAUUUAAAUAUAUUCGAAAAUUUGGAUUCUGCUUAUAUUAUAAACGCUUGAAUAUUGGAAUUAUAUAUUUGAAAAAUGCACUUGAAAUACACUGGAUAAUUACGUUUUGUGAUUUAGAUUUUAAUUUCUGUUGCUGGUUUUUAUUUAAUUACAAGCUAAUAAAUGAAGUAAAAGAAAA